GACUGUGCUGGGCUCCAGGACAGGCCAGGAGGAAACAGGCAGGAUAAAAGGGGGCGCCAUGCGCUCAGGGCGACAGCUGCUGUCCGGAAUCCAGUAUCUGACCACCACAGUAACAGGGGACGUUUAUAGAGAGCGCUGGUGGACACAGGAGCUCGUCCAUUUGCCUUUCAGCAGGGAGACAGGGUGCGGACUUUACACCCGCCACAGAGCACUGGGAAUCAGGACUGGGAAUCAGGACUGGGAAUCAGGACUGGGACCACCGAGCUGACCAGCAGACAGUGUGAUUUGGGCUCUUAUGAGCAUCAGGAGGAGGAGGGACUGUUAAAGAGGCUUUACCUGACGGAUCCAGAAACAGGCCCCAUCAUCCUGUUUAACAGAACACACAAUGACCGACGUGAUGAGCAUGCCGGGUGUGACGACCCAAGACGAGACAGAGAACAUUAGUGACACGGAACACAAUGAAAACGAUGACACCGAAGACCUCAACGACACAGAGGUCGACAACACAGCAGAGAUGGAGACCCAGGAGGCAGAAAUUAAUGGUGUCCCAAGUUUACUUGAGGAGACCAAAUCAACAGAAUCAACAGACCAGGCAAAGACAACAGGCAAAGCCAGGAAACGUGAGAGACCUCAGAAGAGCUCGGAUGCCAGCAUCACAACAGUGGACAACAUGAAUGAUGUGGGCAACCUGGAAGAAGAAGAAGAAUCAGAAGAAAAGGAUAUUGCCAACAUGACAGAUGUUGCAUUUAAGCAAGAGAAACUUCUGAAAUCCAAUAAACCGGUACAAAGGAGCUAUGUUCCAAAAACGGACAAAGGGGACGUCAAGAGCAAGUUUGAGGCCAUGCAGAAGGUCAGAGAGGAGAGGAACCGUGCAAGAACCAAUGAAGAGCAGAAGAAACGCAAGGAGCAGUACGUCAAAGAGAGAGAGAGGAUCCGCAAAAAACAAAUCAUAAAAGAACUCCUCGCCUCCAGCGAUGAGGAGGACGUGAAGCCGGCCAAGACUGAGAAAUCGUACGUCCCCAAGAUUACAGGAAGUGUGAAGGGGAAGUUUGCCGUGAUGGAGAAACAGAGGCAGGAGGAGCAGAGAAAGAGGACAGAGGAGGAGAGGAAGAAGCGUCUUGCACAGGAGACCCUGGAGAAGGCCAAGAUUCAGAAGGAGCUGGCCAAGAAGGCUGAGGAGGAAGGGGACGACAGCCUGCUGGUCAGAGUGGUGCCAGCCAAACCUCAGAAGCAGCCCGGCAAGAUCAGGCUGAACUUUGAGGAUAUAGAGAAGAGUCGAGAGGAGGAGUUGAAGAAGAGAACUGAGGAGGAGAAGAAAAAGAGAUAUGAUGAGAACCGACGGUCUUUCCGAGAGGCCAAGCGUCGUUCUGUCGCCAUGAACCAGGAUGAGGACACCCCCUCGAGAGAGAAGGAGCAUGUGACCCCGGGAAAGCUGCGUCUGACGUUUGAGGAGCAGGAAAAGGAGCGUCAGGAGCAGCAGAGGAAGCAGGCUGAGGAGGAGGCCAAGAGGAGGCUGCAGGAGGAGAGGAAAGCCUUUGAGGAAGCCAAGCUGGGGAUGGCUCAGGACGAUGAGGACGGAGAUUCAGCAGAGAACGAGAGGGAGGAGGUCCGACCAGGAAAACUGAAGCUCAGCUUUGAGGAACUGGAGCGACAGAGACUGGAGGAGGAACACAAACGAGUGGAGGAAGAGAGGAAGAGACGCAUCCUGGAGGAGAGGAAGGCCUUUGCUGAAGCUAGAAAGAGCAUGAUUUUAGACGAAGAUGACGAUGCCCUGCUGGCCAUGAUGAGUGCAGAGGCCGGUGCAACACCAGGGAAGCUGACCAUCAGCUUUGAGGAGCUGGAGAGAAUGAGACGUGAAGAAGAGCAGAAGAAGAAAGAGGAAGAGGCCAAGCGUCGCCUGGAGGAGGAGAAGAGGCUGUUCGCAGAGGCUCGAAAGAACAUGAGCCCAUCCCAGGAUCAGGAUAAUAAGGCAGCGUAUGGAGAAGGAGAAGCCCUGGAUGAGGAUGAAGAUGGUCUGGUGAGGAGUGAGUCACAAGAAGCAAUGCAUCCUGGAAAACUGGAGGUCAACUUUGAGGAGAUGAUGAAGAUGAAGGAGGAAGAGGAGAGGAAGAGGAAGCAGGAGGCACGACGCAAAAAAAUGGAGAUGGAGAAGAAGCAGUUUGAGCAGCUGCGUCAGGAGAUGGGAGAGGAGGAGAUCAACGAGACCACGGAGGUGGUAAGCACAGAGUAUGAGGAGCUGACUAAGCUGAAGAGAACUGGAUCCAUCCAGGCCAAGAACCUAAAGGUGAAGUUUGAGAAGAUCAAGCAGCUCACUGAUGAGGAGAUCCAGAAGAAGAUCGAGGAGGAGCGGGCGAGGAGGAAAGCUAUAGAUGACGAAAUCAAGGAAAGAGAGGCCGAGCGCUGCUUAGAGGACGAGGACGAGGACAAAAAGAGUCCCGUUAAAGUGGAGGACGCUCCGUUUAGACAGAAAGUGGACAUGCGCGCACGGUUCGAGCAGAUGGCCAAAGCUCGGGAGGAAGAGGAGAGGAGGAGGAUCGAGGAGCAGAAGAUGCAGAGGAUGCAGUUCGAGCAGCAGGAGAUCGACGCCGCUCUCCAAAAAAAAAGGGAUGAUGAUGAAGAGGAAGAGGGGAGCAUCAUCAACGGCUCGGCGGCCUACGAGGACGAGGAAGACCAAGGCAGGUCGGGCGCCCCGUGGUUCAAGAAGCCCCUGAAGAACCAGUCGGUGGUGGACGCCGAGCCUGUCCGGUUCACGGUGAAGAUCACAGGCGAGCCCAAGCCUGAGGUCACCUGGUGGUUCGAGGGCGAGAUGCUGCAGGACUGUGAGGACUAUCAGUACAUAGAGCGGGGCGAGACCUACUGCCUCUACCUGCCCGAGACCUUCCCUGAGGACGAGGGCGAGUACAUGUGCAAGGCGGUAAACAGCCGGGGCACGGCCGCCAGCACCUGCAUCCUCACCAUCGAAACUGAGGACUACUGACGCGCUCCUUUCCCCUUCCGGAACUUUCCCUCGUCUUUUCCUGGUUUUCCUUUUGUAAUAAGUUCAUAUUUCACGGUAGGGCCAAAACAAAAGAACCUGCGGAGGGAGCGAGCUGUGUUUUUUCACCAUUCCUCCCGAGGACAUACACUCGACGACGAAGUGCAAACCGCUGUUUACAUACGAAACCUGCACUCACUGUCCGUAACUCUACAUUUGAUGUGUCUGGGAUGAAUUUGUGCCAAAGCAAACACACACUGAUCCCAACAGCUGUUACACACACAUACUGCAAAUGCAUUUUAAUUUAAAUAAAUUAAUUAUUAUCAUAAUGAUUUAGUCUUUUUUAAUGUUUUAACAUCACAGCAGGAUCUUCCAUAUCCAUGAAUAGCGUGAGCAAGAAGAAGAGUUCUCUCAAAAAUCAAACCAUUCAAUCAAAUUAAGGGUAUUUAUUCACACUCAUUUCAAGACCUAACCAAUAAUUGUUCUGAAUAUGUUAUGAAUGAUUCAAUACCUGAUCAGAAAUUACAAUACCUUAUUGAGUAUUUGGUCUGAACAUAGUAUAACAUUUUCAGUAAUUGUUCUGAUUGUUCUAAAAAUGCUAAGAAACAUUUAGUUAUAGUUCAGAUAGUACUAUAAAUAUUUAAUUUCUUAUAAUCUAUUAUAAGUGAAGAAUUAUGACUUUUUUAUAGGCUCAUUUAGGCACCAUCAUAUAAUAAGGGAGGAUCCUAAUUUCUUAGUAAAUGAUAGAUAAAGCCAAAAAGGUUCUCUGUAGUACUGAAUAUGUUUAUUGUUGUUGUAUAUUCCAAAUAAAACCAUCUACAAUCGGUUUUCCACCAAUGGGAAAAGCAUCAUGGGUCAGCAUAUAACUUUUGCCUUUACCAGAGAACCUUUGAAGAACCCUAGCGUAUUCGAUUUGGUGCUAUAUGGUCUAUGUAGAACUUAAUGUACAAUAUUUUUUUUCACCAGAAAAUGAGUGUCCAAGCAUCCUAUUUCUUGAAUCUCUUGGUUCUGUAGAAUCAAUCCCAUUGCUAAUGAACCUUUGGAGAACUUUUUUGUUUGAUUUCUGACCGAACUUAUCUUUGUUAAAGGUGCAGGAGCUGCAUUUCAGUUUAGUACAACUCAGUUUAUUACAAUGAAUUUUCUGAAUUUGUUGUUCACGUUUUUCUGAUCCCCAAGUUUGUAUGUUGAAGCGAUGAGAAUUGUGAGUAGUUUUCUGAGUCUGAGGUUUGCAUAAAAGUGUUUUUAGGGUAGGUGAAAUAUUUGUGAUAUGUAAACUUAUAAUAAAACAAAUAAAAACUUAA